AUGAUUGUUUGGUUGUUGAGAAAUGUAGUUAUUAAACCAAAAUAUGUAUUUCCUCGGCCGAGAUUUUCUGAACCCUAUCAUCACACAACUACUAAAUCGCCUGAAGUCAACGAAACAUAUCCGGUUGAACGAGGAGGAGCUCGAAAUUUUUUCGCUGAUUUGCCACUUCCAAAAGUGAGUAGUUUUUUUUAGAAAUAAAAACAAUUUCUAGAAUUUUCAUUAUAGAAAUGGUCAACUGAUUUGCAACUACUAGAAAAAUCAUUGGAUGAUGAAGAAUCGUAUUCAACUCCAAGAAAAUUGAACUCCAAUUAUGAACUUUUAAGACAGCAAUCACAUCGUAACCGAACUCAAUUGAAAUUAUGA